UGAUUUGCUGUAGAUGGAGAGGGGAGGAGCUACACUGUCACUGACUGCGUGAUCCAGAGAACAGGAAAGAACUGAAAGUGAAAGUGUUCAGUUGGUUCAGACUCCAUUUUGAGUGGACAGCAGAAGGAGGAAACAUGCAGGCUGAGGCAGGACUGACUUCAGAUCAGAAGAUGAGUGUUUGUGUGGAGGAAGAGGAGGACAGAGCAGAGUCUGUAGUGUCCAGCUGUCUGUCUAUGAAGAGUGACCGGUCCAUGAAUCCACCUCUAUUCUUCAGUGAUGGACCAGGACCCUCAGACUUUAAAGUUCAGUCCAACAGACACAGAGCAGAGUCUGUAGUGUCCAGCUGUCUGUCUAUGAAGAGUGACCGGUCCAUGAAUCCACCUCUAUUCUUCAGUGAUGGACCAGGACCCUCAGACUUUAAGGAGAGGAAGAGGAGUCUUGUUCCUGUGGACGAGCAGCUGUCCUGCUGUGCUUUGUGUCAGGACGUCCAUAAGGAUCCAGUCUCUACCAGCUGUGGACACUGGUUCUGCAGACAGUGCAUCAGCUCAUACUGGGACCAGUCUGGUUCACCAGGAGACGCCUCCUGUCCCCAGUGUGGAAAAAGACCCAGAAGAAGACCUGGACUGCAGACAGCCAUGAAUGGUGGUCUGCAGGAGGUGUUAGAUGAACAUAAGAUCAGUCUGAAGACGAGAUGUGAACAUGUGACUGAAGGAACUGAUGAAACAGGAUGUGAAACCCUCCUCAACAGGAUCUACACUGAGCUCUACAUCACAGAGGGACAGAGUGAAGAGGUUAAUACCCAACAUGAGGUUUGGCAGCUUGAGACAGCUUCCAAGAUGGAGACCCUCCAUGACACUCCAAUCAGGUGCCACGACAUCUUUAAAGCCUUACCUGACCAACAGACACACAUCAGAGUGGUUCUGACGAACGGUGUCGCUGGUGUUGGAAAAACCUUCUCAGUGCAGAAGUUCACUCUGGACUGGGCAGAGGGCUCGGAGAACCAAGAUGUCAGUCUGGUGGUUCUGCUUUCGUUCAGGGAGCUGAACCUAAUCAAAGAUGAGCAGUACAGUCUUCUCAGGCUGCUCCAUGUUUUCCAUCCAACAUUACAGAAGGUCACAGCAGAGCAGCUCGCUGUCUGUAAACUUUUGUUCAUCUUUGACGGCCUGGAUGAAAGCAGACUUUCACUGGAUUUCAAGACCAAGAAGGUUGUGUCUGAUGUCACACAGAAGUCUUCAGUCAGCGUGCUGUUGACAAACCUCAUCAAAGGGAAUCUGCUUCCCUUGGCUCUCGUCUGGAUAACUUCCAGACCAGCAGCAGCCAAUCAGAUCCCUCCUGAAUGUGUUGACAGGGUAACAGAAGUACGAGGCUUCACUGACCCCCAGAAGGAAGAGUACUUCAGGAGGAGAGUCAGUGAUGAAGAUCUGUCCAACAGGAUCAUCUCACACAUCAAGACCUCCAGGAGCCUCCACAUCAUGUGUCUAAUCCCAGUCUUCUGCUGGAUCACUGCUACAGUUCUGGACCACAUGUUGACUACAAACCAGAGAGGAGAGCUGCCCAAGACCCUGACUGAUCUGUACUCACACUUCCUGCUGGUUCAGACAAAGAGGAAGAAGCAGAAGUAUGAUGAGGGACAUGAGACGAGUCCACAGGAGCUGACAGAGGCUGACAGGAAGGUUCUUCUGAAGUUGGGGAGGCUGGCGUUUGAACAUCUGAAGAAAGGAAACAUCAUGUUCUACCAAGAAGACCUGGAGCAGUGUGGUCUUGAUGUUUCAGAGGCCUCGGUGUACUCAGGAGUUUGUACAGAGAUCUUCAAAAGAGAGAGUGUGAUCUUCCAGAAAACAGUCUACUGCUUCGUUCAUCUGAGCAUUCAAGAGUUUCUGGCUGCAGUCUACAUGUUCCACUGUUACACCAACAGGAACACAGAGGUACUGAAGGGUUUCUUGGGUCAAAAAUAUGUUGAUUCAACUCUGGAUGUUUUCCUGGGGGAAGCAAUGAUGAAAUCCCUGAGGAGUAAAAAUGGCCACCUGGACCUGUUUGUUCGCUUCCUUCAUGGCCUCUCUCUGGAGUCCAACCAGAGACUCUUAGGAGGUCUGCUGGGUCAGACAGACAACAGUCCAGAAACCCUCCAGAGAGUCAUCAACAACCUGAAGGAGAAGAAGACCCGGUCCUCUCCUGACAGAAGCAUCAACAUCUUCCACUGUCUGAUGGAGAUGAACGACCACUCAUUCCAUCAGGAGAUCCAAGAGUUCCUGAAGUCAGAGAACAGAUCAGAGAAGAAACUCUCUGCGAUCCACUGCUCAGCUCUGGCCAUCAUGCUGCAGAUGUCAGAGGAGGUUCUGGAUGAGUUGGACCUGAAGAAGUACAACACAACACAGGAGGGACGAUUGAGACUGAUUCCAGCUGUGAAGAACUGCAGAAAGGCUGCACUUACUGACUGUAAACUCUCAUCAACUCACUGUGAAGUUCUGGUCUCAGCUCUGAAGUCCAACCCCCAUCUGAGAGAGCUGGACCUGAGUAAAAACAAGCUGCAGGAUUCAGGAGUGGAGCUGCUGUCUGCUGGACUGAAGAGUCCAAACUGUAGACUGGAGACUCUGAGAUUGAGUGGCUGCAGUUUGUCAGAGAUCAGCUGUUCUUCUCUGGUCUCAGCUCUGAAGUCCAACCCCUCCCAUCUGAGAGAGCUGGAGCUGAGUGACAACAACCUGCAGGAUUCAGGAGUGAAGCUGCUGUGUGGUUUUCUGGAGAGUCCACACUGUAGACUGGAGACUCUGAGAUUGAGGAGCUGCAGUUUGUCAGAGAUCAGCUGUUCUUCUCUGGUCUCAGCUCUGAAGUCCAACCCCUCCCAUCUGAGAGAGCUGGACCUGAGUAACAACAAGCUGCAGGAUUCAGGAGUGAAGCUGCUGUGUGGUUUUCUGGAGAGUCCACACUGUAGACUGGAGACUCUGAGAUUGAGUUACUGCAGGUUGUCAGAGAUCAGCUGUUCUUCUCUGGUCUCAGCUCUGAAGUCCAACCCCUCCCAUCUGAGAGAGCUGGACCUGAGUGACAACAACCUGCAGGAUUCAGGAGUGAAGCUGCUGUGUGGUUUUCUGGAGAGUCCACACUGUAGACUGGAGACUCUGAGAUUGAUUAACUGCAGGUUGUCAGAGAUCAGCUGUUCUUCUCUGGUCUCAGCUCUGAAGUCCAACCCCUCCCAUCUGAGAGAGCUGGACCUGAGUAACAACUACCUGCAGGAAUCAGAUGUGAAGCUGCUGUCUGAUCUUGUGGAGAGUCCACACUGUAGACUGGAGACUCUGAGAUUGAGUGGCUGCAGUUUGUCAGAGAUCAGCUGUUCUUCUCUGGUCUCAGCUCUGAAGUCCAACCCCUCCCAUCUGAGAGAGCUGGACCUGAGUAACAACAACAACCUGCAGGAUUCAGGAGUGAAGCUGCUGUGUGGUUUUCUGGAGAGUCCACACUGUAGACUGCAGACUCUGAGAUUGAGUUACUGCAGUUUGUCAGAGAUCAGCUGUUCUUCUCUGGGCUCAGCUCUGAAGUCCAACCCCUCCCAUCUGAGAGAGCUGGACCUGAGUAACAACAAGCUGCAGGAUUCAGGAGUGAAGCUGCUGUGUGGUUUUCUGGAGAGUCCACACUGUAGACUGGAGACUCUGAGAUUGAUUAACUGCAGGUUGUCAGAGAUCAGCUGUUCUUCUCUGGUCUCAGCUCUGAAGUCCAACCCCUCCCAUCUGAGAGAGCUGGAGCUGAGUAACAACUACCUGCAGGAAUCAGAUGUGAAGCUGCUGUCUGAUCUUGUGGAGAGUCCACACUGUAGACUGGAGACUCUGAGAUUGAGUGACUGCAGGUUGUCAGAGAUCAACUGUCCGCCUCUGGUCUCAGCUCUGAAGUCCAACCCCUCCCAUCUGAGAGAGCUGGACCUGAGUAACAACAACCUGCAGGAUUCAGGAGUGAAGCUGCUGUGUGGUUUUCUGGAGAGUCCACACUGUAGACUGGAGACUCUGAGAUUGUGGAGCUGCAGUUUGUCAGAGAUCAGCUGUUCUUCUCUGGUCUCAGCUCUGAAGUCCAACCCCUCCCAUCUGAGAGAGCUGGAGCUGAGAUACAACAACCUGAAGGAUUCAGGAGUGAAGCUGCUGUGUGGUUUUCUGGAGAGUCCACACUGUAGACUGGAGACUCUGAGAUUGAGGUACUGCAGUUUGUCAGAGAUCAACUGUUCUUCUCUGGUCUCAGCUCUGAAGUCCAACCCCUCCCAUCUGAGAGAGCUGGACCUGAGUUACAACAACAACCUGCAGGAUUCAGGAGUGAAGCUGCUGUGUGGUUUUCUGGAGAGUCCACACUGUAGACUGGAGACUCUGAGAUUGAGGAGCUGCAGUUUGUCAGAGAUCAACUGUUCUUCUCUGGUCUCAGCUCUGAAGUCCAACCCCUCCCAUCUGAGAGAGCUGGACCUGAGUCACAACAACCUGCAGGAUUCAGGAGUGAAGCUGCUGUGUGGUUUUCUGGAGAGUCCACACUGUAGACUGGAGACUCUGAGAUUGAGGAACUGCAGGUUGUCAGAGAUCAGCUGUUCUUCUCUGGUCUCAGCUCUGAAGUCCAACCCCUCCCAUCUGAGAGAGCUGGACCUGACUAACAACAACAACCUGAAGGAUUCAGGAGUGAAGCUGCUGUCUGAUCUUGUGGAGAGUCCACACUGUAGACUGCAGACUCUGAGAUGGAAGUGAUCUCAGUCAGACAGUGAGCGGUGAGGAAGGAGGUUGUGUUGGAGGAUCCGCUGUGUCCUGAUGAUCCAGAGAGGUUGAAGCAGCAGCAUCAGCUCUGACUGGGCCAUGUUACUGGGAGGUAGAGUGGAGAGGAGAGCUUCAUCCAGCAGUGACUGACAGAGGAAUCACAACCAGUGGAGACGACUCUCAGUGCUGCAGUCUGAACUGCUCUGAGAUCAGCUCCCUGUGUGUUCCUCUGGAUCAUGUGACAGAGUAUCAUCAGUGUAUCUGGAGCUGCUGCUGCUGCUGCUCUGUCCGUCUACAGUCUCUGCAGACACACUGAGACUGCUCCACCUGGACCUGGACCUGGACCUGGACCUGGAGUUCAUUCAGAUCUACAGAACCCAAAGUGACUCUGAAGAUUAGUUGUGUUUAUGACAACAUAACAGUAAAUGUAUUUUAUUCUCAGUGAAAUCAUAUUAUCAUUACAGUUCUGUAUAAUCACAGAGGAACAGAACAAUAAGUAAAACAGAUCAAUUAAAGAAUAUAUUAUAUAAAAUAUACAGAAAUAAAUGACCAAAUUAUAA